AUGGAUACCUUAGGCGUAACCAUCGAGUUUCUCGAUGAAUACAUUAAGAAGCAUGACUUUACGACCAAACCUUUAGUAGUAGGUGUUUCUGGUCCUCAAGGGUCAGGGAAGCUGUAUUUGAGUGUUCAUUUACAAAAGGUUCUCACGGAGAAGUACCCUCAAUAUCAAACUAUCCAAUUCCUGAUGGACGAUUUGUAUCUUACCCAUGAAGAUCAGAAUCAAUUGAACUUGACUAAUGAGAAUUCACUUUUACAUGGUAGAGGGUUACCAGGUACGCAUGAUUUGGUGCUUGGUGAAUGUUUAUUUAGCAGUAUCCGAAAUGAACAUUGUCCAAUACAAUUUCCCAUCUAUGAUAAACUGAGAUUCAAUGGCAAAGGUGAUCGUUCUGAAUCGACUGUAAAAAUAGAUAAACCUGUCAAUAUUGUUAUUUUUGAAGGUUGGUUCAAUGGAUAUACAGCAUUGGAUGAUACUCAACUAAAGCUUGCGUAUUUUGGAAACCCCAAUCUAUGGGAUUAUAAAUUGUAUGAAGUGGAAGAAGUGAAUAGAUAUUUAAGGCUAUACCACAACAUUUGGGAUCAAUUUGAUGUAUUUGUCAAUAUAAAUGCAGCUAACAUUGUUGAAAAUGUCCUACAUUGGAGAACUCAACAAGAGCAUAUGCUAAUCUCACAAACGGGUGUUGGUAUGUCUGACGAACAAAUUAAGGUGUUUCUCAAGCGUUAUAUGCCUAUUUAUGCGCUCUAUUAUAAUGAUUUAUGUGGUGGUGGUAAUAAUAAUUCUCCUACUAUACAACUUCAUAUUAAUUCAGAUCGUGUAUUAAUUUCCCAUACCAUAGCUAAUUGA